GCUAUGCAGAAGUAAGCAAUGAUAAAACCAUAUGUCACCGAAUGAGGGCUGCUCUCCAUCACCUCGCUUCUUCCGUCUCGAAGUGGAAAAUCAAUCUUCCCGGCAAAACAAUAACCCCACCCUUCACACACACUCUUUUCUCCCCCCCUUUCUUUCAUUAAUUGACUUCCAUUCCCAAAAAUAUUUAUAUAUAUAAAAAAACUCGCAUCCUUGAUAUUUAAAUGGCUAUAAUAGCAAUGGAUUAACAUUACUUCUCUAUCCCUCUAGUCUCUACUCAGUACAACUUUCAAAGCCUUGCUAGCUUAGCCCUUCGCCAACCAAGAACAUCCCGAUCGCUUACGGGUGGAAUCUCCAGCCAUAAUUCCGGCGAGAUGGGAAGAUAAUGAGAAACUAUCAUCAAAGGUUGCGAUGUCUUAUUCGGAUUGCUUAUCAGACCUUCUCUGCGGCGAGGAAUCCUCCGAUAUAUUCUCCGGCGAGUCGCCGGGAUGCUCGACGGGCCUCGAAUCUCACGACUUUGUAGAAGAAUCAUCCAUUGCUAGUUUCAUAGAAGAUGAAAGGAACUUCGUGCCUGGUUUCGAUUACUUGUCUCGGUUUCAAUCUCAAUCUCUCGAUGCUUCCGCACGAGAAGAAUCUGUUGCAUGGAUUCUCAAGGUGCAAGCAUACCAUGGAUUCCAGCCAUUAACGGCGUAUCUCUCCGUCAACUAUUUGGAUCGCUUCUUCUAUUCUCGCCGAUUACCGCAAACAGACGGGUGGCCAUGGCAACUCUUAUCUGUUGCUUGCUUAUCACUAGCUGCUAAAAUGGAGGAACCUCUGGUUCCUUCUCUAUUGGAUCUCCAGGUCGAGGGUGCCAAAUAUAUCUUCGAGCCAAGAACAAUUCGUAGGAUGGAACUCCUGGUUCUCAGCGUUUUAGACUGGAGGCUAAGAUCCAUAACACCAUUUAGUUUUACAGGUUUCUUUGCAUGCAAGCUCGAUCCCACAGGAGCAUAUAUUGGCUUUCUGAUUUCAAGGGCUACGGAAAUCAUUUUAUCAAACAUCAAAGAGGCGAGCUUUCUCGAGUAUUGGCCAUCAAGCAUUGCUGCAGCAGCGAUACUUUGUGCAGCCAAUGACAUUCCAAACUUGCCUCUCUUUAAUCCUGAACAUGCUGAAUCAUGGUGUGAUGGGCUAAGCAAAGACAAAAUCAUCAGCUGCUACCGGCUAAUGCAAGAUCUCGUGCUCGACAAUAGCCGGCGGAAAUCCACAAAGGUCUUACUGCCUCAACUUCGAGUAACAAUUCGGGCCAGAAUGAGGUCCAGUGGCAGCGACUCAUCAUCCUCUUCUUCGACAUCAUCUUAUAAAAGGAGAAAAUUAAAUAACUGCUUUUGGGUACAUGAUGACAAAGGAAAUUCCGAGUGAAGGGAGAGAGCAAUAAAAACAAGAGAUUGAAAGUGGGGAGGAAUAAAACAAAGUGGCCCAACAUAUCUAGUAUCCUUAAAUAUUUUCUUCGAGGAUUUGGAGAGAAAAUUGACUCGAGUGAUUAGAUUAUUAGAGAAAAUUAUCUAGUAUAUACGUAUGCAUGAGAGAGUUUGGUUUGAAGAUUUUUUUUAUUUUUUCAGUGGGAUUUUGCCAUUCAUUAUGAAUGGCAUUGCAGAUUCCCAAGGGAAGGGAAUUUGUCACAUUAGAUAUUUUUGUGUGAGGAAAGAAGGAAAAAAAAGAAGCUUGUGUUUAAUAGUUGCAUAUAGUGGAGUCAUCAAGUGUGAAAGAAGUGGGGUGCUGAAUUUCAAUCUCAGCAUUGAUUGUUGAAUGAAUGGGAGGGAGAUGGCGGGACCCUAGUAUUAGGCUCGGCGGAAAAGGAGGCAAAGAAAAAUGAAAUGGGCUGGCAAGACAAGGGAUUGAACUUUGAAAUUUGAGCUCCUGGGCAUGGGAGGUGAUGUAGGCAGAGCUUCUCAUAUUGGCCACCAUGAUUGCUACACCGAGAUAUGUGUGCGUUUCUAUUGAUGGCAUUGUAUAGAACGGGAUAACAUGACCUUCCAACGCAUGUUGAUUGUUUAUAGACUCUGAGAGAGUGGUCUGUGUGCCUGUGCUCUAGCUAGGUGCAUACCACACAAGUGUGUAUCUGUGCUUUUUUGGCGGGAAUUGCCUCUUGGUCCACCUUGGCCUAACAUCCCAUAUAGACUUUGUCCACGCCUGUGGUGGUUACACGUUUGUAAACUUUUUUAUUUGUUUAAUUUUUUUCCAGAGGAGAGGAGAAAAAACCCUCUUUCGGGGCCUAAGUUUAGGCUUGACAACACAAAAGGUCUCUGGGGCCUUUCAUGCGUGUCUGUAUCCGAUUUUGAUCAAUAUAAUAGUCCAAUUCUUAGUUUUUUUUUUA